AUUUCACGAGUCAGACCCAAAGUAUGAUGUCUUGUUUAGAAGCUAAGAAGCCAUCGCUGUGUCACAGGGAGCCACUCACAGCUGAGAAAGUCAGGACCACACUGGCUGUCUUGAAAGGGGUCCUCACCUCUUGCUAUGGCCCUUUUGGGCGGCUGAAGCAGCUGCACAAUGGGGUGGGGGGCUCCGUGUGCACGACCUCUCAGUCGGCAGUGCUGCUUAGGAACCUCUCAGUCACCCACCCCGUAUUAAAGGUCCUGAUAGCAUCGGUGCAAAACCAUGUGUCCUGCUUCAGUGACUGUGGCUUAUUCACAGCCAUUCUUUGCUGCAACCUGAUUGAAAAUGUUCAGAAAACAAAUUUGGCCACCGCCACCGCUAUUAAACUUAAUAAACGUCUUUUGAAUUUCUGCACCAAUUAUCUCAGGUCAGAGAGCUGUGGUUGCCGAAUCCCAGUGGACUUCAGUAGUACCCAGAUCCUCCUGUGUUUGGUGCGCAGUGUUUUAACAAGUAAACCUGCCUGUAUGCUCACCAGGAAGGAAGUAGAUCAUAUCAGUACUUUGAUUCUUAGAGCUUUUUUGUUUACAAUUCCAGAAAGCACAAAAAACCCUAUAAUUUUAGGAAAGAGUAUAAUUAUAUCUUUAAAGGGUCCAAGAGUUACAGAUUCUACUGUGUUACCUGGAGUACUCAUUGAAAUACCAGAAAUUCAGUUAAUGAAGACUUUACCUGUCCGAAAAUCAAGUGCCCUCAAGGUGGCGCUCUUCUCUACAUCUUUAUCAGGAGACUUUUCUGACCCAGGAGAAGGAAGUGUGGUGGUCAGCUACAGAGUGUCUCUUGAGAAUGCAGUCCUGGACCAGUUGAUUAACCUAGGAAGGCAACUUGUUAGUGACCAUGUGGAUCUGGUUCUAUGCCAAAAAGUCAUGCACCCAUCUUUGAAACGCUUCCUUCGUACUCACCACAUUAUUGCCAUAGACAGAGUGGGAGUCACGCCGAUUGAGCCCCUCAGCAAGGCGACAGGAGCACAGCCCAUCGGAUCCCUGGGCCCCGUCUCUCCCAGUAGUUAUGGAAGCGUGAAAGAUUGGCACUCUGCUCAAUUUGGCUGCAAACACUUUUUUCAUCUUAUACCUAAUGAAGCUCCUGUCUGCACCUUGCUUCUCUGCAACCGAAACGACACUGUUGCAGAUGAGCUGAAGCUCGCUUGUCAAACAGCACUGCAUGUCCUGCAAUUAACAGUCAAGGAGCCAUGGGUUUUGUUGGGAGGUGGCUGCACUGAAACUCACUUGGCUGCAUGUAUUAGACACACGACUCACAAGGAGCCAGGAAAUAUUCUCCAAGGUGAAGGAUGUACUCAAGCGGAACUUCAGCUAAUUGCUGAAGCUUUUUGCAGUGCUCUGGAAUCUCUCGCUGGCUCUUUGGAACAUGAUGGAGGCGAAAUUCUGACUGACAUGAAGCAUGGCCACUUUUGGUCCAUGCAGGCAGGUCUUCCCUCUGUUGUUAACUGGCCAGAUUUGCUUUCUCAGUGUGGCUGUGGAGUGUACAGCAGCCAGGAAGAACUCAGCUGGUCUGUCCUAAGAAACACAUGUCAUCCUUUUGCACCCCAGACCUGCAUUCCACAUGAAGCUCUGGAAAUCAACCAACAACCAGCUCGUGGCCUGAUCGUGGACUGUUUGACUGCUAAGCUCAGUGGUCUACAGGUGGCUGUAGAGACAGCCAAUUUGAUAUUAGAUCUUGCGUAUGUCAUUGAAGAUAAAAACUGAUAUACAAGAAUAGCAUGUUUAUAUUAUGAAUAGACUAGUCAGUUGACUUAAGAAAAAUAGUGUAUAUUCCUCUCCCAAGGCCUGUUCUGCAGAUACAGACAGAUGAUUCAUAACAUUAUGGACACACUUAUUUAGAUGAAGACAUAAAUCUUUUUUUUUUUUUCUUGUGCCUAGGAUUGAACUCGUGACUGCACACUUGCAAGACAGGCGCUUAUGUUGCUGAACUAAAUCCCCAGCCUGAAGACAUAAAUCUUUAAAUGGGAAUGUCAUAGAAUAAUAAAAAUUUGCAGCAUUGUUACUUAAUAUAUUGUUAUCAUCUUAAAGAUUCCAUGAUCCUGCUUUAUGUUGUCCUUAAUUUUGUUAUUAUUUGUUAUCGUUCUAAGAAGAUACAGAAAGUUUUUAAAUCCCCUAAUCCAUGCUCUCAUUUGAAUAUACUAAUUAGAGACAUUUUCUAAUUACCAACUACAUAAAGUAUAACAUUAGAUUCCAAAUUGUCACCAAGUCUCCAGUGUACAUUGCUCAAUCAAAAGAAGUGCCACAGCUAUGUUGUUAAUGAAAUCUCACCUUUUCAGUGCUACUUACCUCAGACUACGUUAGUCAGUGGUUCAGUAACUGAUGUAGAUCCUGGUUUGCUUGCAAUUAUUAGUUUUUAUCAGUUCCACAUUGUUGUUACUUUGAGGAGAGGUAGGAUUAGCAGAGAAAUCAAUUUAAAUAAUAACUAGGACUGAAACAACUGAAACAACAAUAUGUCAUCAUAUUUAAGCUGGGGCUAGUGCUUGGUUUUCAGACCAGCGUUUUCAGCCUUGGCACUGUUGAUAUUCUCAGCCAGCUAAUUCUGUACGUGCAGGAGUCUCCUGUUUAUUUUAGGAGGUUUAGCAGCACCUCAGACUUCCACCCACUGAGUGCUAGUAGCAUAUCCAAGUUAUAAAACAAAAAUAUCUCCAAAUACUACCUAAUGUCUUCUGGGGAACAAAACCAUCUUUGGUUGAGAAGUUGUAUAAACUGAUAGAAAAGAAAGGAAAGUAGAGUUUUCCACCAUGACUUCAGAAGCAGCAGAGAGAAAGGCAGAGAAAGGCAGUGAAAAGUAUUCCUUUAGUUCUGUCAAGACUGCAAAAAAAACUAAAAAAAAAAAAAAACAAAAAAAAAAACACUAGACUAACUUCCGUAUUCAAAGUAGAGGAUCUGAUGUUUCAAGACUGUAAUUAAAUUUUAUGCAAAUUCCAGGUAAAUUGAUAAAGUUAAAGAAAAAAUAUAGAAUAUAGUUAGAGCAAUAAAUAUGUAGCUACAAUAGGUGUUAUAUUAAAUAUUAGGAAAACAUUUUGAAAGUCUUUGAAAAGUUAAUCCAAAAGCUAGUGACCAAAUCUAUACUUAUGGGAAAAAGAAAUAGAAUUUUAAGCAAUUUCUUCCAGUAGUCUUGUAAUUGGCAGUUUUUUUUACUCUGAGCCAAAGAAAAAAUUGCAAUACAAACUCACAGCAAAGCUGUAUAUGAAUUACGGCUGAAAUGAAUAGUGCCCUAAAGUGAUACUCCUUUGUUUAUUAGAAUCAACUGGAAAGACCAUGAGGUGAGCUGCCCCUAAAAUGCCCCCUCGGAUUUCUGUCUCCUUGUUUUCAGGUUGGACUUAGUAGCAUCUUUGGGUCUCUCAUCCUCUCUUUUGUGAAUAGGAAUGUCUAUGGCAGUUGUUCUGUAUCUGUCCAUUGUUUCAUUUUGGGACAAAGCACCAAAAAUCACAUCUCAUCACUUGUGCUAUGUUCUUUGCAUUAGAAGCUGGUCAGUAGGCCUCACCUAUACCCAAAGGUUAAACCCCUGGGAGGUGAUGAUUAAAACAUGAAAAGAAACUUUGGAAAAUAUUUUUAAACAAGCUCCUAAUGGCAGAUAUACAUGAUGAGGGAAAAGCCCUGGACACUGUUUUGUGACUUAAGACUGGAGUCUAAAUAUUGCCCUUUGAGAUACCUCAGUAAAAACCCCCCCGAUAGCUAUAGAAGGGGAAAGGCAAAGCGAUACAGUGUGGAGUUAGUGACAGCUGCUCAGGAGUUUUGGAAGUCACAAGCAUGGAGCAUUAAAGUUUGUUGAACCGUGGAGUCUAAUAGAAUUAGCAUCUCAUUAAUCAAAAGAGGUUAGGAGUUUGACAGUGAGGAAACAAGUGGAAAACGAAAGAAAACCAAAAGAGCCUUAUAAAUCCAAACAUUUAUUUGAUCUUAGAGAUAUUCUACUCCUUAAUUCCUCUAUUUAUAUCAUAUUAGAGAACCUUUAUGUAUUAGACAUUUUAAACUGAGUAAAAUAUUUUUCACACAAUAUUUAAGUUAUGUUAUUAUCUUUUGUUGUAAAAGGUAUCAUUAGUUUCUAAAAUAAAAGCUACCUUGGUAUUCACAUGAUAGAAGAGAAAUGUUAAGUGCUUCUGUACCAGUGUAAUAUGAUCUUGAUUGUCAAUGUUGAGAGACACCUAGGAAAUUAUAAAGCAUAAUUCUGGA